AUGGAGCUGUACCUCAGCGCCUGCUCCAAGGCUGCUAGCGUCGCCGCCACCAAGACAGCCACCAGCAGCCUGGAAGCGGACAGCCAGAAGUGCGGAGAUGGUGCUCACAAAACCCACUUUCCUGGGGUCGGAGCGUCUCAACUACUGGAUCUGCCUCUUGGGGUCAAGCUGCCUAUGAUCCCAGGAAGCAAUACUUUAUACUACACUACGAAGUUAAGUGAACAGCUUUUUCGACCUUCUUAUAGUUUUAACCUGACUGAUCCUUAUUGCCGACUCAUGGAAAACGAAUAUAAAAGUCUCCAUGAUCCACAUUUAAGAGCAUACUAUAAGCGCAAAGAUAUCCUGAGGAGAUUAAAGAAAGGUGGCUACAUCACCAGCGAUAAUAAAGUUGUAUGUAACUUGCGGGAAUUGAAUAAGUACAGACAAUAUCUUACCAGUUUAAAAUUAGACUUUGAAAGAAACUAUAUAAAAGAACAAAAAAUGCUUGCAAAACAAGUAAAUAGACUACAAGAAGACAGUCAAAUACCUGGACAUUCUGAUGUCACACAGUUCCAAAACUGGUUAUUACAGGAGGACACCCAAUCUGUUAAGGACCAGGAACGAUUAAUAAGGCACAGAUAUUUGGAUAUGAUAAGUAGGGAAUUAGAACAACGUGAGCGCACAGCCGAGGAGCAGCACCUAUUGCAGAUGGAUAGAGAAGAAAGACGACAGCGGGAAGACAUAAGAAGAAAACUUUGUCUCCGUAGAAAAAUUGAAGAGGAAUGGAAGACAAAAGAGAUGUUACUUCUGACAAAGAUUGGAGAAGACGUUAAAAGGGAAGCUAGGAUAGAGGAACAACGGCGUAGAAGCAGAGAAGAGAGUGACAGGAAGAAACAAGCCCUUCUAGAGAAAAAAAUGGCUUAUCAUUUACAAAAAAUGCAAGAAAAUGGCUUUAAAAGAGAAGAGAUGGGAAAAAAUACAUUUGAUUAUAGAGGACAAGGUGGAACACAUUGUGAAAGUAAGAACACUAAAAUCUGA